AUGUUUGAAGAAAGUGGAUUUGAGGUUUAUGAAAGUCAUGAGUUCUUUAUAGAAUAUAGGAAGACAGAACAGCAAAAAAAUACUGAAAAUCGAAGAACUGCUAUGGCAGAAUUAACUAAAAGAGUGCAUGAUAAGUACUGGUAUGUUGAAGAAACAG